UCAAGUACGGUGUGACUCAACAAUGGUGAAGGAAACGGGAUUUUACGAUGUGCUCGGCGUGAAACCUGGCUGCUCCCAGGAGGACCUGAAAAAGGCGUACAGAAAGCUCGCGAUGAAGUACCAUCCGGACAAAAACCCGAACGAGGGUGAGCGUUUCAAGCAAAUUUCGAUGGCGUACGAGGUGCUCUCGGACCCGGAAAAGAAAGCCAUCUAUGACGAGGGUGGCGAGGCAGCCAUCAAGCAGGGUGGUGCGGGCGGUGCGGGAGGUUUCCACAGCCCGAUGGACAUCUUCGACGUGCUGAUCAACGGUGGUAUGGGUAGCCGAAGGGAGCAACGUGGGCAGGAUUUGAUUCAUCGGUUGCUGGUGACGCUAGAGGAGCUGUACAGCGGCGCAACCCGGAAGUUGUCACUGCAAAAGAGUGUUAUCUGUGAUGGGUGCGAUGGUAUCGGCGGCAAGAAGGGUACCGUGCACAAGUGUGUUCCCUGCAACGGAACAGGCAUUGUGACCAAGGUGCACCACAUCAUGCCCGGAUUCAUGCAGCAUAACAAAGUACCGUGCCGUGCCUGCCAGGGACAGGGCGAGGUGUUUGACGAGAAACAUAAAUGCAAAAAGUGCGACGGCCAGAAAAAGGUGCGCGACAAGAAGAUUCUGGACGUGCACAUCGAGAAGGGUAUGCGCAACGGACAGAAGCUCGUUUUCAGCGGCGAAGGUGACCAGGAGCCUGGUCUACAGCCGGGCGAUAUUGUGAUAACGCUGGCGGAGAAAACCCAUCCGGUGUAUAAGCGAUCGGGCAAGGAUUUGCUGAUGGAGAUGCGGUUGGAGCUGGCGGAGGCAUUGUGUGGCUUCCAGAAGGUGAUUACCACGCUGGACAAGCGGAGUCUCGUCAUCACCUCAAUGCCCGGGGAGGUCAUCAAGCAUUCGGCCAUCAAGUGCAUCAUGGACGAGGGUAUGCCGCAGUGGAAGAAUCCGUUCGAGAAGGGACGGCUCAUCAUCCAGUUCCGGGUCGUGUUUCCGGACUCGCUGCCAGGCGACGCAGCCAAGCUGCUGGAACAAUGCCUACCGCCGAAACCCGCCGAGGAGAUCCCGCAGGACGUGGAAAUGGUCGAGCUGGUCGAGCUGGAUCCCGAACAGGAUGCGCGCAACCAGUACAAGAACGCGUACGAAGAGGACGAGGACGAAGGUGGCACUCCGGGCGUACGGAUUCAGCAGUGUGCCACGAGCUAA